CCCCAUCGCACCCCUCCUCCCUGCUCCCAAUGUCCCCGCCGCCGCCGCCACCUCCUCCCCGUACCCGCCCCCUCCCGAUCCAGUCCUCUCCCACCCACCGCCGACCUCGCCGUCCUCCUCACCCACCACCGCCGACCUCGUCUCUCCCUCCCCUCUCCGCAUCUCCCGGCCACCUCUACGCCCGAGGAGAUGGAGCGAGCGCCCGAGUGCGCCCAUCCUCGCAGCCUCCUCCCACGAUUCCCCGCGCCCGAGCCCCACGAGAGGAGCUCCUCCUGUGUUUUUGCACGCCGCCGCCGGCGACCACUAGCCACAGCUUGCCGGAGCCAGCAGACGAUGCACUUCGCCGCCAUGGACGCUCGCGUCCCCGACCUUGCAGCGCGCCACCCCGAUGCAAAGUCCCUCCUUGCCGUUCUGGCGCCGCUGAGCCGAAGCCUCGCCCAAGUCCAAGCGCCGCCGACGUUUGCCUCCUCGCCAUGGCCUCCCCUGCUUCGUCUGCUUUGCGGACAGAGCUCCGUCUCCGUCAACGUGUCCUCCCGCCGUCUCUGUUCGCUGUCGGGCUCAAUCGACUCCAGCAGCACCCCCACGGUGUCGCUCCGCUCGGCACCCGAGCUUGCAGUAGCAGCUCUCUUCUCCAGUGCGCCCACCAGCCAGGCCGUUCGCCUCCAGCUCUCCGCUCUGGCUCUGUAUUGCGUUGUUCAUUCAAUCAGGGAUCUAUUCCAAGGUCUCGGGUCCGCCCUCUCCAUGGAGAAAGGGGAUAUCUAUUCAUUUUGCUUAAGUGAUUAAUCAGUGAGCGUGCGUGCUGAAUAUGUUCUCCACUGUCAAGGAUUUAUUUAUUGUCUUGUUAACUUCUAGCUACCUGCUGCUUGCGUUGCAUUGCAUUGCAUUGUGUGUCAAGUGAUUAAUCAGCGUGCGUGCUGAAUAUGUUCUUCACUGUCUAGGAUUUCUGCUGUGUUUUUUUACUUGUAAUAAAUACUGUUAAAGUAGCCAGCCACUAGGAUCUGAAGCGCUCAAGACCUGUGACAGUUUUGCUUGAUUUUCCUCUUCAUACUAGCUAGUUUCUGAAAGGAUCUUGAUUCAAAUACAUUACAAUCUGCUCAUUUUUUUUAUCCCCAAGCAGAGGCUCUAGUAAUGAAAUUGCUCUAGUAAUGUAAUAGGCGUGGGACUGUUCUGCAAACUAGCAUGUGUAGUGCAACACAUUAUUCAGUCACCACUUCUUUCCUGCACAUUAGUAGGGUAGCUGCAUUAUCUGUCUAUUUCUCUUUCCUUUAUGUAAAUAGUUGACAUGAUGCCAUAUUGCAGUAUUGCAAGUUAGGAGAAACAAGUUUCAAAAAUUGAUUUCUCCACCUGCUGCUUCCAUUCUUAUUAAUCAGUGUGCCAAUAAUAGCAUCUGUUUUGAGGCGACUCCAUCCCGUUCGUGAUAGUAAUUUGUUUAAAACCGCAAGGCAGCUUUGCUUUCUGCAGUAUCUCCUGCCUUGUUUUGUUCUGUCGACUGAGGCCUGAGGCAGAGCAAAGGCUUGCCGAUUAUUGCUUACAACGCCAAGUUGCAAUUAGCUGGGAUGUGUAGUGUGGCUAGCUUGUGUUGAUUGGUUUUGAGAUAUAAUUGGAAACUGAUUGUGUGUCAGUACAACAAACGUGAUGAUUUUUUUGAAUAGCAAAGAUGCUGAUGGAAGUGUCCUUCCAUUUGUGAUUCUAAUUUGCACUUCUCGGUCAGAGGCAUCUCCAGUACGUGACACACUUUGGAUGUGCAAACGAAUAUGUGCGUGUUUCACAUAUUACGUGAGAAAUUUUUGUUAGUUCUCGGCCAUUAUAAUUUGGAUCCACAGCUUGUUUGCCUCGCUUUGCUAGGCUGUUUGGGAACGUAUGUCAUAUAUAGGCGUAGUUUUCUUUUUUUUUUACAGGUCCAUGGCCGUGUAGGAAUUGGACUCAACUCAUUGCUUUGCAUGGCAGUCUAGAAAUCAUAUGGGGUAUGGAGACAUCAAUACAUGGUUACUUUUUAAUAAUAUAAUAGAUUAGCUGUAAAUGUGCCCCCCUUACCGAAGAAGAUAAGAAUCCAUAUGUGUUAUGCAAAAUUAACUUUGUCAUCUUGUAAGCGCUCUAGGCAGUGUCUAGAGGGUGAAAAAUAUGAGAACAAAAAAGAAUUACUGGAUUAAUUUACAACAUCCAUCCUUUACUUCGUUCAUGUCAUUGUUGUUUACCCCUGGGAGUAUUUUUAACUUGAAAAUCUCUGGUGAACUGCCAUUUAGAGUACAUUUGCUUGCUCUGUUAAUUUUUUUGGGUUACUCCAUCUUGCUCUGUUAAGUGAAAUUAGAUAUGUGGAGUAGCAGCAGUAAGCUAGACCCUCCAUCAUGCUCUGUACAUAGUCAAAGCUACUCCAAGUUAGCAGUAGUACUGUUAACUUCUCAAUUUGCUUGGAUUACAUUUAAAUUGUAGUACUCUAGUACUCCAGUAAUUUUGCUUAAGAGUAUUUAACAAGAUUGAACUGUAUUUGUGCGGAGUAAUUUUUCUUGGAGUAUUUAACGAGAUUGAACAAGAUUUAACUUUUCAACAUUUAACAGUACUUUUCAGUAAGUGUUCUAAACAUGCUUCUGAAUAUUUGCAGAUUCUGAACAUGCAAGCAAAUAUGCAGGAGUAAACAAGUUCUUGCAGUAGAUAUUGUAAGUAUUUGUUCUGAACAUGGUACUGUCACCGAAGAUAUUGCAAGUGGUCUGACAAGAUUUUCUCAAUUUGCAAGUUUAGUUACUUUUCCAGUUAAUUAAUUGGACAUCUUGGAGUAGUUAGAAAAUCAUGAAUUAUUUGCAGAAAUUCGUAGAAGUAUUGUACUCCAGUGUGCAUUACUUACAUAAACUUGCUUGCAAGCUUAUUUUCUGACUUUCAUAUUCUGAAACUGAAAAGCUUAGUUAAAUUCUAUUAAGUUUUAGUAAUAUUCAGUGGGGUGGAGUGUUUACUGUAAAUUUUGAACAUCACAGUAAUUUCCCUUGCUGUUAACUGCUGUAGCAUUAGGAGUAGUUUUACUGCAGUACUGCUUGAACUACUCCAAGCAUUAGGAGUACUGUAAAGCGAGUAAAUGGAGGGCGAGGAAUUUUUACUGCAAUGUAGGAUUGCACAGGGAGUUGUUAGUAGUAGAUGUUGAUGAUCAUAGUCAGGAGAUGGAGGGUGACACACAACCAUGGAGAGGAGCAGCAGCUCAAGGUCCUUUCUCCUCCACGCCACCUCUGCCCCUCUCUCGUUUUGAUUUGAUAUGUUGGGUUCCAAGAUUAGAAAUAUUUUUUGUUUCCAUCUUUAUCCAUGUUCUAUCAUUAACUCUGAGAAAAUGUUAUGUUUUUGCUGAUUAGUGGCAGUACAUCUUUGCUUUACUAUUCCUAGCAGCUGCAGUUCAUCUACCAUAAACAUGUUGUGUACAUUCUGAACCCCCAAACAUGACACAAGUGAUAUGUAUAUGCAGCAGGGAAUCGUCAACGUGUACAGUUUGUUUACUGGAAUGUAACUUGUACAAUUUUUACUUGAAUAUGUUCAGUUAUGAAGUCGUGUAGUUGUUUUUUCUCAUCAGUUCUAAAUUGCAGUACUUUACUGAAUUGUUGAUGAUGCUGAAUGAAUCUAGCUUGUUGGGUUCAGUCUCUUGUUUAGAUGGAAUAGCACCCCAUCACCUGUUGUUGUUGUUAUUCACCCUAUCCUUGCUGUUCUAUUUUCUUCU